CAGGGCUGAUGCCCGGCUUGCCGUCUCAAGUGGUCAAGUGACAUACGCCAAUCACGACGAUCCGAAGGGUGCGGGGCCCGCGCGACAUAUAUAUGUGAGGCCGACAUACGACAGCGCUCCUGUCUCCCUGCACACCGUCCAUCAUCUCAGCCAUUCUUCUGAGCUCAAGCAUCAUGGAGCUGGGCCGGUUGCAUGAGAGCCUCCGUCCGCUUUUGGACAUCUUCGCGCGCCGGUCGCGGGGUCGCGUGGUGUGGGCGUCGGCGACGUUGGCUGCGCUGUCCAUCGUGCUGGGCUACUAUGCGCGUCGGCCGAGCCGGAAAGGAGUCGAGGACCUCGCUUCUGCUGCGAGGAAGGCGCGCAAGACGACGGAAGUCGUCAACUUCGGCGAGUACGACUUCAUCGUCGUGGGCGGAGGAACGUCUGGAUGCGUGCUGGCUUCACGCCUGAGUGAGGAUCCAGCUGUGCGCGUACUGGUAUUGGAGGCUGGCGGGAGCGGAAAGGCAUUGCUGUUUUCUCGGUGGCCGUCGACGUACUCGCUGCUUUGGCGGAAUCCGAAGCACGUCCAUCAGAUGUAUACCGUGCCGCAACCGCAUGCAGGCGGUGUGAGCAAGUUCUGGCCGAGAGCGAAACUGCUAGGAGGAUGCUCUGCUAUCAAUGCCAUGAUGGCUCAGUAUGGCGCGCCCCAGGACUUCGACGAAUGGGCGCGAAUCACUGGCGAUGAGUCCUGGGCUUGGGGUAACUUCCGGAAGUACUUCGCCAAAUUUGAGAAAUGUCUGCCCGACGCCCAGUACCAUAAGGAGCACGAUAUCUCGUAUCGCGGGGCGACGGGGCCGCUCAGGGUGGGCUAUCUCACUACCUUCACGGAGGUGGCAGCUGCUUUCGUCGAGUCUUGCGUGAACGCGGGCAUCCCGCGUACGCCUGAUUUCAAUGGACCGAAUGGCACGGAAGGGGUGAAUAGGGUGAUGACCUAUGUGGAUGACAGCCGACAGCGUGUCUCGUCAGAGACGGCAUACCUGACGCCCGACGUGCUCGCGCGACCGAACCUUAGGGUCGUCACCCAUGCGCAGGUGACGAAAGUGCUAUUCGAUCAGACCUCCGACGUGCCUCGUGCGACGGGGGUCGAGUUCGCAUACUCGAAGUCGGGCCCGCGAUUCAGUGCGCACGCGAAGAGGGAGGUCAUCCUGUCCGCUGGUGCCGUUCAGACUCCGCAGAUUCUUCUCCUGUCCGGCGUCGGGCCCGCCGCACACCUCGCAGAACACGGCAUUCCUGUUGUCCGCGACCUCCCUGCCAUCGGCGACCAUCUCGUCGACCACCCCAUUGUAGACCUGCACUUCAAGCGAAAGAAGAAUGACUCGCUCAAGUACUUUCUGCCAUCAAGUGUUGGCGAGGCUAUCCAGCUCUUGCCUGUCGCUUUGAGGUACGCUUUCUUUGGUGAUGGGCCGAUGGCGACGAACAUGGGCGAGUGCGCUGCCUUCAUCCGCGUGGAUGACCCAAGGCUAUUCCCGGAUUCCAAGGAGAAACUAGGUGAUGCGCUCUCGGAGAAGGGGGCACCAGACGUCGAGUACUUUGCCACGCCCUUGGCGUACAAGCAGCACGCCAAGGAGAUGUUUGAUGUGCAUACCUAUGGUGUGCACUGCUACCUGUUGAGGCCGCGCAGCACGGGGUCCAUUCGCCUUCAAUCUGCUGAUCCAUGGGCUUACCCGGUUGUCAAUCCGAACUAUCUCAAAGACCCUCGAGACGUCCACACCCUCCGUCGCGGCGUGCGCCUUUUGACGCGCGUCGCCCAGACACCGCCAGUUUCCGAUGCGCUCGACGGUGAAUGCACUCGCGCCGACCUGGACCAUCGUCUGCACGAGCUAUCGGACGAGGAGCUGGACGAGGUCAUCCGCCAGCGCUGCGAGACUGUGUACCACCCUGCAUGCACCUGCCGGAUGGCGCCCGAUGGGGCACUAGACAACAAUUUGCGCGUGCAUGGAGUGCGUGGCCUGCGCGUUUGUGAUGCGAGUGCGUUUCCCACCAUCGCAUCCGGGCAUACAGCUGGUGCAUGCUUUGCGAUUGCGGAGAAGCUUGCGGACGACCUCAAGGCGGAGUAUGCGGUCUCAGGAUUUUAGGGCUCAGUACUGACAGACCGCGGAGAUCUCCUGGCUCUGUGAAGCUCGAAUCAUGAAUGUACAUAUACUCCAUGCAUUUCGCGUACCCGAUAUCGCCCACUUCAUCCUUACAGAAUUUUCAGUCGCCACUGUCACUUGUUGUGACAGUUGAACUUGGAAAAUGACAAAGGUCGCAGCACG